AUGGGAGAGCCUGAUCCAUCUCAAUGGCAUAAGCUGUCAGGCGAUGUGUUGCGCACGCGAGUUCCGCGGGCGCGUAAUAUGCGCUCGCUAAACGAGACCGCUUGCGCAGCGCUCUUAGAAGAUGUGCGCUGGGACGAACCGACCAGCGUUGCGAGCCUCGCCAUACUUGCUCUCAUCGAUGUCCUUGUUAUCGCUGGUAAUUGUCUGGUGAUCGCGGCGGUACUCUGCUCAUCGAAGCUUCGAAGUGUCACCAACUUGUUUAUCGUGUCUCUAGCAGUGGCCGACCUAUUGGUGGGAGUCGCUGUACUGCCCUUCUCAGCAACAAGAGAGGUCUUUCAGAUUUGGAUAUUCGGUGACGUCUGGUGCUCAGUAUGGCUCGCCGUAGAUGUGUGGAUGUGUACAGCUUCCAUAUUAAAUCUAUGCGCUAUAUCUCUGGACCGCUAUGUGGCCGUGACCAGGCCAGUGAGCUAUCCUAGCAUCAUGAGCAGGAAGAGGGCUAAGGCCUUGAUAGCUGGUUUAUGGGUGCUAUCUUUUGUUAUUUGCUUCCCACCACUGGUUGGCUGGAAGGAUAAGAAGCCAGAAGAAUCAGAGCUCAAAGAAGACUGGACAUUAAACCCGCCGUGUCCAUGGACGUGCGAGCUGACCAACGACGCGGGCUACGUCGUAUACUCCGCGCUAGGCUCCUUCUAUAUACCAAUGUUUGUGAUGCUGUUCUUCUAUUGGAGGAUAUAUAAGGCUGCCGUUAGAACGACUAAAGCUAUAAAUCAAGGUUUUCGGACUACUAAAGGUCGAGGUCUCGGUAGUAGGUUUGAUGACAACCGCCUAACACUACGCAUCCACAGAGGGAGGGGUUCUGCUAGACCCCACGGCUCACCGUUAUCUACAGCCUCUAAUCAUUCAACGAGCACUUCUCUUAGUGCUUCACCUGAGAGGUUGAGACGGCACUCCAGCGCAAGACGGGCUCACGAGAAAGUCAAGAUCUCUGUAUCUUAUCCAUCAUCAGAACAGAUAUGUUCAGCCCACGAGAACUCCAGGUCGUCGAGCAGAUCACCUAGCCCAUCCCUAUAUGCUGUUCACUAUGAGAGAGACGGGAGAGAAUUGACAGAGAGUAGAUUAAGAGUGAGGCCAUCACAUCAUUUGGCUCCAGGACCUUUGUAUGAUGACUUUGAUGAUAAACCAAGGACUAGACGUAUGGGAAAGAGGAAUAUAAAAGCUCAGGUUAAACGUUUCCGUAUGGAGACUAAAGCAGCUAAAACCCUCGGCAUUAUAGUGGGUGGUUUUGUCUUCUGCUGGCUGCCAUUUUUCAGUGUGUACGUCGUCAGGGCGUUCUGUGGGGACUGCGUGACACCAAUAGUAUUCAGUGUUUUAUUUUGGCUUGGAUAUUGUAAUUCCGCUAUAAAUCCGCUAAUUUAUGCACUAUUUUCUAAAGAUUUUAGAUUCGCUUUCAAGCGUAUUAUAUGUAAAUGUUUCUGUGCUGGAGGAGGUAAGAGACGAGAGUCGGGAGCGGAGGAAGUUACACGACGCCGACCGCCGCACUCGCACUCACAUUCGCUUGAAGAGGAAAGCUCUUUACAUAACACAAGUAGUGACAGG